AUGAUAUUGAAAAGGAGUAGGACAUUUUUUUUAACACUGCAGAGGCGUCGAGCUUUUUCUGAAAAUAAAAAUUACAUCAACAACAGUUACCUGAAUUAUGUGCAAGGAAGUCAACAAAACGAGGAUGGAAAAAAAAAAAAAAAACAGGAUAAUGCCCAUUUUGGUGAAACAAUAAGUCAAAGGAAUAAUCAUCAUAUGGGAGAAAAUUUUCAAAAUGUUAAAAACAUACGAUCAUAUAAUGCUUUAAAAAAUAAUGACAGUUAUUCAGCCAGCAGUAGAACAAAUGCGGGUGCAAACUCUGGAGGUGGUAGAGAGACGGAUCGUUUUUCCGACAUGAAUCACAACCAGGAAGAAUCUAAUUACACUAGUGCAUGCAUAGACAGGGAUACUGCACAAGAGGGAAAAGAUGAACCAAUUCAGAAAGGAAAAAAGGGUGAACGUACAGAUCACAGUUACGACACUGCAAAAAAGGGCAAAGAGUACCCCUCCACCAGUGCUCACGAAAACAGUGAACAGAAAAAUGAACCUUUGAACGCACACGGGGUGGACACAAACUCCGUUAAAGAGGAAUACAUGAAUAACGAUGCAGACGAUUUGGAACAUACAGUUGAUGAACCAAAUGAAGCUACAGAAUUCUCUCACAUGGGAGAAAAUGACCAAACGAAAAGGUCGAGUGAUGGAGAAAAUGCAGAAUCUGGAAGGAACCCUGAAUUUGCGCAUGAAGAACAAUUUAGUAACAACCCAAAUGACGGGACAACCAAAUGGGCACAAAAUGACGAGGACAUUCCGAAUAUUUUUGAAGUGGAUGAAAAUUUAACAGAAGAAGAAAAAAAAGAAAAAUUAAAACUGAUAAAAUUGAUUACGGAAAAAUUAGCUGGCCCUUUAAAAACCAACAGUCAAGACAAUCCCAACAGUAGUUCCGAAGGGGCACAGAACAAUGGAGAAGAUUCCAUCUUUGCUGAUAAUCGACCCAUAGCAAUAGAGGUCGAUGGGCCCUCGCACUUUUAUGCGAACAGUAACCGGUACACGACGUACACGAAAUUGAAGCAUAGGAUUUUGACAAAAUUGGGCUACAACGUCAUUCACAUUAGUUACAUCGACUGGCGGAAACUGCGGAACAAAAGCGAACGGGAGGAAUUCAUUUUAAAAAAGCUGAAAGAAAAAAACGAUGAAUUUUUGGACGAAAAUGACAGGAUAUAUUACAACGAGAGAAUGAACAUGAUUAAGGAAGAUUACAAAAAGUUCAUGAAGGAAAAAAAGGAAAGUAGCUCCUAA